CACCACCUCGCACACCUACCGCCACUGCGGCUCUUUUAGUUGUCUCGCCGCUCGAUACCCCUCUUUGAGUCCUUGAAGCACCCUCCUGCAAUCAUGGAUAUCAACCAGGUGUUGGAGGGGACAUUGUCUCCGGAUGCGACGACUCGCCAGAACGCCGAGCAGCAGCUGUCCCAGGCCGCCGACUCUGACUUCUCCCAAUACCUCCAGAUCCUCGGUGGGCAGCUUGCGGAUGAAGCCGCUCAAGCACACAUUCGAACAGCUGCCGCCCUGGCACUGAAGAACGCGUUCACAGCCCGCGAAUACGCCAGAUUACGUCAGGUGCAGGAACGGUGGAUCGCCCUGAACCCGCAGAUCAAGCAGGAGGUUAAGCAGCUGGCUCUCCGCACGCUGACGACCCCGAACAAGCAAGUCGGUACCACCGUCGCCCAGCUUAUUGCCUCCAUCGCCGCAAUCGAAAUACCCCGCAAUCAAUGGCCAGAGCUCAUGCAAACCCUCGUCGAGAACGUCGGCCAGGGCAACGAUAGCCAGAAGCAGGCCUCGCUGACCACCAUCGGGUACAUCUGCGACACCGACGACGUCGACCUUCGGGAGGCGCUGGCACACCACUCCAAUGCAAUCCUGACCGCUGUCGUGCAGGGUGCCCGCAAGGAGGAGACUAACGGCGAUGUCCGAAUCGCGGCUAUCCAAGCUCUCAGCGACUCGAUCGAAUUUGUGCGAUCGAACUUCGAGAACGAGGGCGAGCGCAACUACAUCAUGCAGGUCAUCUGUGAGGCUACACAGGCGGACGACACACGCAUCCAGCAAGGAUCGUAUGGAUGCCUCAACCGCAUCAUGGGUCUUUACUACGACAAGAUGCGCUUCUACAUGGAGAAGGCUCUGUUUGGUCUCACCAUCCAGGGCAUGAAGAGUGAUGAAGAGGACGUUGCCAAGCUCGCCGUUGAAUUCUGGUGCACAGUGUGCGAGGAAGAAAUUGCGAUCGAAGACGACAACACGCAAGCUCAGGCCGAGGGUUCCACCGAGAUGCGUGAAUACUUCAAUUUCGCCCGUGUUGCCACACAAGAGGUUGUCCCAGUUCUCCUUGAGCUUCUGGCCAAGCAGGACGAGGAUGCUGAUGACAACGAGUACAACGUGUCACGUGCUGCUUACCAGUGUCUGCAGCUGUGGGCGCAGUGCGUCGGCAGUGCUGUUAUGCCCCCGGUCCUUGCUUUCAUUGAGAAGCACAUCCGCUCGGAAGAUUGGCACUACAGAGAUGCAUCCGUUUCCGCCUUUGGUGCAAUCAUGGAAGGACCCGAGGAACAUGUCUUGGAUCCCAUCGUUAAGCAAGCCUUGCCCACUCUCAUUGGCAUGAUGGACGACCAGAACAUCCACGUUAAGGAUUCGGCAGCCUAUGCUUUGGGACGCAUUUGCGAGGCUGUGCCGGGCGCUCUCGAUGCACAGCAGCACCUGCCUCCCCUGAUCGGGGCGCUUUUCAAUGGUCUGUCUAGUAACCCCAAGAUGGCUGCCUCUUGCUGUUGGUCUCUCAUGAACCUUGCAGAUAGGUUUGCUGGAGAACCCGGAUGCCAGAGCAACCCCCUCUCCGCUCACUUUGCCCAGAGCGUACAGCACCUUUUGCAGGUCACUGAAAGGGCUGACGCCGACAACCAGCUGAGGACUGCAGCAUAUGAGGUGCUCAACUCUUUCGUGACAAACGCUGCCACUGAUAGUGUUCCCCUGGUCAACGAGCUUUCCAACGUUAUUCUUGAGCGUUUGGAAAAGUCGAUCAACCUCCAGUCACAGGUCGUCAGCGUCGAAGACAAGCUGACCCUCGAGGAGAUGCAGACCAGCUUAGCCAGUGUUGUCAUGUCGAUCGUCCAGCGUCUGGAAGGCGAUAUCAGGCCUCAGGCAGACCGCGUUAUGCAGAUUCUGCUUGGAACUCUGUCGUCUCUUCCCCCGAAGUCAAGCGUUCCUGACACAGUCUUUGCUGCGAUUGCAUCGAUCGCCACUGCGCUUGAUGAUGAUUUCCAGAAGUACAUGGACGCAUUUUCUCCUUACUUGUACAACGCCUUGAACAACCAGGAGGAGCCUGCUCUGUGUUCCGUCGCUAUCGGACUCGUUUCUGACAUCACACGCUCGCUAGGCGACAAGGUUCAGCCGUACUGUGAUGCUUUCAUGAACUCUCUGCUGAACAACCUCCGAAGCCCGGCGCUUGGCAAUCAGCUCAAGCCUGCUAUCCUGCAAUGCUUCGGCGACAUUGCCCAUGCCAUUCAUGGUGCUUUCGAGACCUACUUGACUGUCGUUGCUCAAGUCCUUCAGCAAGCUGGUCAAGUCACGUUGACCACUGAGAACAACUACGAGAUGAUUGAUUACAUCACGUCGUUGAGGGAAGGCAUUCUUGACUCAUGGGACGGUGCCAUUAACGCAAUGAAGGCGAGCAACAAGAAUAACCUUCUUAUUCCCUUCCUUGACUCUAUCUUCGACCUGCUGCGCACGAUUCAAUCAGACCCCAACAGGACUGAGGCCCUUCUCAGAUCCGCGUGUGGUGUCGUUGGUGACCUUGCAGAUGCUUUCCAGAACGGCGAGAUCCGAGAUUACUUCCGACAUGAUUUCCUUACUGCUAUGGCAAGGGAGACUCGCGCAAACCAGGACUUCAGCGGGCGCACACGUGAUACCGCUCGAUGGGCUCGCGAACAGAUCAAGCGUCAAGUUGGUAUGUUAUAACACGUCCUUGAACCCUGAUGGUACAUCGCACUUCAUCACAUGUGGUCAUCUCCGACACAUCCCGCAAUGUUCUAUCCGUUCUCUGUCUGACCACCCUGCAACAGGCGGCAACACAGGCGUCAUGGCUUGA